AUAUUGUACGUAUAUACUCAACUACAGUUCAGUUUCAGAGGUUUUUUUAACUCGUUAAAAAUUUAUCGAAAACAUAAAUCCCUGUAAAAAAACCUCAUGUUCUAUUUCUUUUCAUUGUCAUUCCUGUUUCCUGUUACUUUCUGAAACUUUUUUUAAAUGGGUUUGUCUAGUAAUGAAGCAUCGAUGGCAUGGGACCAUGACUGUAUCUCUCGAGUCGAGAUAAUUAAAGCGUUCCUAUUAUGUCCCCUGUUAACUCAUUAAGUAAACAUUCCCGAAAACAUCUUAUCUGCGAGAGAUAGGGCGAGCCCAGGUAUAUAAGGCGCUUGAAGGAGCUAGUCCCAUGAUUUCUAACGCAGUGACAACAUUUUGGCUUAACUAUGGCUCAAUUUAAGUUUAUAUUGGCCUUGUUAAUUUUGUGUUUGGUGUGCAAAUACGAGUGUACUCCACUAACAGGUAAGUAUAAAAGAGUCGAAGGUCGCGGCAUCGGUUCCACGCUAUGGGGUUGGAUCACCUACCCCUUCACCUGGUGGAGUUCGGGCUCCACCGACAUACCGGCAGACGAGAACCACAUCACCAGCCCAUCGUUGGACAACACGAGCCCAGCGCUGGGCAACGCUAACCCAGCGCUGGACCAGGACAUAGAGAUAGCGACGCACAACGUUACAGUCUGGUGCAACGACCAGACAUGCACCACGCAGCGCUGCGACAGAGCCAGCUGCGUCAACACCACUUGCAACAUCUACGACACGGACCUCAAUGGCGAGUGCAGACACUACAACACUGUCAAACCCGAGCAUGACACUGUCAAACCUGAAUACGACUCUGUCAAACCUGAAAUUGUCAGUCCUGCUGACAAGCCCACCACUGUCAAAAGUCCUUCGACGGAACUCUCCAGCGGUGAACAUGAUGAGAGACCCUUGGAGCUAGAGGCGGUGCUGUCCUCGACUGUCACUGAAGUCAGGGACAACGAUACUAAGCAAUAGAAUACUGAUUAAAUAAUAAAUUGAUAUCUAGUAA